AUGUCCAACAACGCUGUGAACGGAAUUAUCGGCGAAUACUCGGGAAAUGACUUCACAAUCAAGGCCACCUUCACGGUGUUUCUGGGGAUCGCUCUCUACAACUCCCUAGAACUCUUGGUGCUCAUAUUUGCCUCUUUUCGCCGUUACCAUGGCCUAUACUUCUGGAGUCUGUUGCUAUCCGUGUCGCUCGGGGUCGUCCCGCAGUCUUUGAGUUUCAUCCUGAAGUACUACGAUGUCGGUCCGCUUUGGUUCUCCAUCACCUUGUCGACCAUCGGAUGGUAUUUCAUGGUCACCGGACAGGCUCUGGUCCUCUUUUCACGUCUCAACAUUGUUGUUCAGGAUAUGACGAUCAGCCAUCGUGUCUUGACAAUGAUCAUCAUCAACGCCAUUAUUUUGCAUGUCCCAACCACGGUCCUCACAUACGGCUCCAAUUUCGUUCAGACCCCCGUCUGGGUUCAUGGCUACACGAUAAUGGAGCGCAUCGAGCUUACGGGGUUCUGUCUUCAAGAAUUUAUUAUCUCUGGUCUCUAUAUCUCCAAGACCGUCAAAAUUCUUCGCAUGUCGCCUCCGAGCCUCGACGGCCACAACCAGAACCGCAAGAUUAUGUACCAGCUUCUGGCUAUCAAUGCUUUGAUCAUCAUUAUGGACGUUAUCUUGUUGACGUUUGAAUAUCUGAACUACUUUGUGAUCCAAACCACCCUCAAAUCGGCAGUCUACAGCAUCAAGCUCAAGCUGGAAUUCGGUGUUCUCAGCCGUCUUGUCUUUCUGGUGCAAUCACAUCGUUACUGGCCACGCGAAACGGAAAUCCAUGAGACGAAGGCUCCGAACCGGCUAAAUUAUCACGCCUUCCUCGACGUGUCCGAUGGUAGCACAGAAUACCCGUCGUCGCCUAAGAACUGCCAGAUACCAUCUUCCCGUCACCUGUCAGCAUAG